ACACUCUCUCUCGGGCAGCUCGGGCAGCCACCUCUCAAAAACCCCAGCCCAGCCACGCCCAAAAAGACCCAUCUCUCUCUCUCCUCUUUCUCUCUCUCUCUAGCACACAUUUUGCACCAGAGAAGAAAGGGUAGGGUAGAACAAGUUAAAAGUUUCCCAAAAAGGACCCAUAAAGAUUACCUUACCCCCCCCCCCCCUCAUUUUCUUUUUUUGAGAUCUUGAGUUUAACAAGUUUGAAGAAUGUUGAAUAAUUUUGUAGUUUGAAAUUGAAAUGGGGACGACGUCGUUUGUGGAAUGGUGGUUCAUCACUCUGGUUCUUCUUGUUCUGGUUAAUCUUGUUUAUGGAAAUGUGGAAGGUGAUGCGUUGCAUAGUUUGCGGGCCAAUUUAGAAGAUCCUAAUAGCGUGCUUCAAAGUUGGGAUCCCACUUUGGUUAACCCUUGCACAUGGUUUCAUGUAACCUGCAAUAACGAUAAUAGCGUCAUAAGAGUUGAUCUCGGAAAUGCAGCUCUUUCCGGUACUUUAGUCCCGCAGCUUGGUCUCUUGAAGAAUUUGCAGUACUUAGAACUUUACAGCAAUAAUUUAAGUGGCCCGAUUCCCAAUGACCUUGGGAAUUUGACGAAUUUAGUGAGUUUGGAUUUAUAUCUCAACGGGUUUUCUGGCCCGAUUCCAGCUACAUUGGGCGAGCUCUCAAAGCUGCGAUUCCUCCGGCUUAACAAUAACAGUUUGGAUGGUCCGAUCCCUAUGUCAUUGACUAAUAUCACGUCGUUGCAAGUGCUGGAUCUAUCAAACAAUCGUCUCUCGGGUCCGGUUCCAGACAACGGCUCAUUCUCGCUGUUUACACCAAUCAGUUUUGCUAAUAACCUCGGGCUUUGUGGCCCGGUCACCGGACGCCCUUGUCCUGGAUCACCUCCGUUUUCUCCACCACCACCAUUUGUGCAACCGCCACCUAUCGUCGCACCAGAAGGAAAAAGUGCCACUGGUGCAAUAGCUGGCGGAGUUGCUGUCGGGGCGGCUCUAUUGUUUGCCGCCCCCGCCUUUGCAUUUGCAUGGUGGCGGCGUCGAAAGCCUCAAGAUUUUUUCUUUGAUGUGCCUGCGGAAGAAGAUCCCGAAGUUCAUUUGGGACAGCUUAAAAGAUUUUCUUUAAGAGAAUUACAAGUGGCAACGGAUAGUUUUAGCAAUAAAAACAUAUUGGGUAGAGGUGGAUUUGGUAAAGUUUACAAAGGGCGGUUAGCUGACGGCUCGUUGGUGGCGGUAAAACGGUUGAAGGAAGAACGAACGCCAGGUGGCGAGCUACAGUUUCAAACCGAAGUUGAAAUGAUUAGUAUGGCGGUUCAUCGGAAUCUCCUUCGGUUAAGGGGAUUUUGUAUGACACCAACCGAAAGAUUACUUGUUUACCCCUAUAUGGCCAAUGGAAGUGUUGCGUCAUGUUUGAGAGAGCGACCACCAAACGAACCACCGCUAGACUGGCCUACACGAAAACGGAUCGCUUUAGGAUCGGCUAGAGGGCUUUCGUACUUGCAUGAUCAUUGUGACCCAAAAAUCAUUCACCGUGAUGUUAAAGCGGCUAACAUUUUAUUGGAUGAAGAAUUUGAAGCAGUGGUUGGUGAUUUCGGUUUGGCUAAGUUGAUGGAUUACAAAGAUACGCAUGUCACGACAGCUGUACGUGGGACCAUCGGUCAUAUUGCUCCCGAGUAUCUCUCAACGGGAAAAUCAUCAGAAAAAACCGAUGUUUUUGGGUAUGGGAUUAUGCUUUUGGAACUAAUAACAGGACAACGGGCGUUUGAUCUUGCUCGACUUGCGAAUGAUGAUGAUGUCAUGCUACUCGAUUGGGUGAAAGGGCUUUUAAAAGAGAAGAAACUGGAGAUGCUCGUGGACCCCGAUCUAGAAACGAAUUAUGUAGCAACUGAGGUCGAGCAGUUAAUCCAGGUGGCGUUGUUAUGUACACAAGGCUCGCCAAUGGACCGUCCGAAAAUGUCAGACGUUGUUAGGAUGUUAGAAGGUGACGGGCUGGCAGAGCGGUGGGACGAGUGGCAGAAAGGGGAGGUGCUCCGGCACGAGCUGGACCUUGUACCGCUACCUAACUCUGAUUGGAUUCUUGACUCGACUGAUAACUUGCACGCGGUUGAGUUAUCCGGACCCAGAUGAUGAAGAUCGAAAAUAAAUGGUUUUUGUAUUGGGGCUGUUGUAAUAUACUCUUGUUGGUCUUAUAUUACCAGUAAUCUAUUAUAGUUUCAAUCUUA